GCGAGCGUGCAUUCCCACCUGUGCGUGUAUAUGAGAGAGAGAGAGUUAGAGGGAGGGACAACUCACGAUUUCCCCUUCUGUGGGGGACGCUUUUUUUGGUCGCCCUAAAGAGCCUCUUUUCCGCCCGGAAAAAUGCCCGCCCCCGGCCGCCCACCCCAAGUAGCCCCUUCUCUUUAUCUGCGGAGCAACUGAAACCUUUAGCGCUCUCUUUCGUCGUCGUCGCCCCAACUUCUCCUCUCCGCAUUCAAAGCAUUUAAUGCCCUCAAACCCACCCACCCCUCAUUAUUAUUUUUAUUCUGGUUUUUGUUGUUUUGCGUGGAAGGGAGCUGUUGCCUUGCUUCAGGAAAAAGGAGAGUGAAAUUAUCCUAAUAGAGCAAGCCGGCCCUUUUUGGAUUCAGAGACCUAGAAUUGAAACCUGCCAAGCCCCAAACCUGGGAAUUUACACAAACAUUCAGCUCAAAGAAUUCUAUAGCUGUGCCAGAUUUGAAGUGAAGCUGACAAAAAUCAAUUUGAUGCACAGAUGGACAACACAGAUGACCUAGCCUGGCCUCCAGUGAGAGGGGGUUCCAGAGUCCAGGAGCAGUGACAGAGAAGGUCUUAGAAUUACCCAAUCAAAAAAAUGAGAUCAGGUGGGAUGGAUUCAUCGUUGUCAACCAAAUUUUUGGAUGUAGAUUUGAAGCUAAUGGAAAUACACUACCACCCAAAAGAAGUACUUGUGAAAUUUCAAGGCCAAUAUAACACAGAAGAUGAGUUUGACUACCACAUAUUACAAAAUGAAAUACAGCAGGUACCAAAAGUGAAGGACAGUGUUGGCAUUGGUGACUUUUGUUUAGUGGAAGAAUCAGAUUGUGGAGAAUGGUACAGAGGAAGAGUAGUACAAAGGAAGAACCAGAUCUAUGAUGUAUUUCUUAUUGACUGUGGAAAAAUAUUGUCAGUUUAUGAAGCUCACAUUGCUUGUGCCACUGAAGAGCUGUUUCAGCUUCCUCCAAAAAUAGUUUCUGGGAUUUUUGCAAAUAUAUUGCCACUUGAUGAGAAAUGGUCUCCAAAAGCAUUGAAUUACUUUUCAGCCUUAAGAGACUUGAAGAUUAAAGGUCAUGUAGAAGCCAUUCUGCAGCACCAAACAUUGCUCCUUGAUGUGCCAAAAAUAGCUAGUGAUAUUGUUGAACUAAAUUUAGGAAAACUUGUUGAUGGAGACACAUUCUGUCUCAUUGUAGAGAUGUUAAUGGAAUCUCCACAAGAGCCUCUCUGUAAACAAAUGCCAGAUUUAUUGCAACAGAAAUACACAAGCUCUACAUUAUUCAGUACUGGAAGUGAACCAGAACAACCAAUUCUGCAUAGCCUCCAACCACGUUUGUCUGGUGGUGAGGUGGAGAAGGUAAGAAUAUCAAUGGCAGUGAGUCCAAGUAAAUUUUAUUGCCAGCUGCUAAGGCAGCAGAUGGAGCUCAGUAUAUUGACAGCCCAUAUGUCUUCCUAUUACGAAACUAUAAGUAGAGAAAAUGUUUCAUCGUGUGACAGUCUUGGAGUCCUCUGUGCAGCGAGACAAAAAAAUGGUCAUUGGCACAGGGGAGUGAUACAGCAGUUACUUUCUGAUAACAGAGUGAAAGUUUGGUUUAUGGACUUCGGCAUCUGUCAAGCUGUGCCUUCUGAUGGCGUUUUGAAGCUUCACCCAGCAUUCAUUUCAGUGCCUAGGUUUGCAUUUCCAUGUGCAUUGUCAUGUCUUACUGAUGAGGAUGAAAGUGUAAGACAUAAUCAGCUAGAAGAGUUUAAAAAGGUCCUAUUAAGACAAAGUGCUGUUUAUGUCCAUAUUGAUCUAUUCAGUGCUAAUGAGCACUUAUAUUAUGUUACAUUACGUAAGAAUGAUGCUGUAGUGAAUACUGCAUGCCCAUCUCAAGAAAAUGAUGUGAUCCCAAAAUGCCAUCCUUCUUUAAAUGUGACUGUCUCUUGCAUGGGGGGAGACAUAAUAAUCCCUGGUACAAACCCUGUCUUUGGCCACUGUGUUGACAGGAGUACUCCACAGUCAGAAUAUUCUUCAUAUCAAAAGUUAUCUGGUUUUAUGUGCAGUCCUUUAACAAUCCCUUGCAGAAGAUCAGAAAUGAAAAUAGAUUCAGUUUGUGUUGCUUUUCUAGCAUAUGUCUUAAAUCCAUCAAAUUUUUGGAUCCAAAAUAAUGAUCAUCUAGAUGAUUUUGAAGACUUAAUGAAACGAAUUUCAGCUGUGUAUGAUGCAAGUGAAACAGAUGAUAAGAUUCUGGAAAACCCACAACCUGGACAGAUGUGUUGUGCACGAUAUUAUGAGGACAUGCAUUUCUAUAGAGCUGUCAUCAUAGACGUUGAGGAUAAUAGCAUUAAUGUUUGUUUUUUAGAUUUCGGGAAUACUGAGACAGUGCCACUCAUUGAUGUGAGAAUUUUGCUCCCAGAGUUUCAAGAAUUACCAGCCCUAGCCAUAUGUUGUUCACUUGCUAAUGCAUUUCCAGUGUGUGAUGUAUGGACUAAAAGAGAAACUGAUUUCUUCAAAACAAUUGUAGUUGACAAACAACUCACGCUUCAUCCCAUUGCAAAAGAAGAAAAUAAAUACAUUGUUAAUGUGCAGUGUAUGAAUGGCACAGAGCAAGAUGAUGUUCUCAUGCUUAUGGUUCAGGCUGGAUAUGCAGAACAUUGGAAAAUGAAACAAGAUCCAGUUCUGAAAAUCAUUAGAGGUUCUCAAGUACAACGCUCACUUCCUAAAUAUAAAAAAGUAGAGGUUAAAUCAGUUACUCAGAAAAGUAAAGUAGUGAUAGGUGUCAAUGCUGGUCAAAAUAGGAAAUCACGGAAUAUUUUGCUUAUGAAAGAAAAGCAUACUGUUACUUCCCUACAGUGGGAAACUGUACUUUCCAGUAAAUGUGGAAAAGCCUCUGGAAAAUUUAAUAAAGAGAGGCACUACAAAGAUUACCAGUUUGAACCAGGAACUGUACUUGAUGUUGUAUGUUCUCAUAGUGCUUCACCAGGUGACUUUUCAUGUCAGAUACGCAGUCAGCUACCAGAACUAGAUAACUUAAUGGAACAAAUACAGUUUCACUACAACACUAAUAAGACCCCAUAUGAAAAUGGACAGGUUGCCUGUGUUGUGAAGCAUUCCAAGGAUGGAAAAUGGUACAGAGGUGUUGUAUUGAAUCAUCUGUCCCAAACAGAGGUUGAAGUUCUAUUCGUAGACUAUGGUAAUAAGGAAACAGUUUUCCUGAGAGAUCUUCAAGCUAUUUUCCCAGAUUUUCUGAUAUUGGAAAGUCAAGCAUUUAGAUGUUGUAUUGGUAGUGUCACUGAAUCCUUAACAUUUGACCCACAAAAUUGGAAUAUGGAGGCAUGUCAUGAUUUUCAGCAUUUUGUGGAAUCUGCCAAUGCAAUACUGACUUGUACAGUUUCUGCCCUGGUUGUUAGGCUUCCAAACCAUUUGUAUCAUGUAGUUGAUUUGCUGACUCCAUUUACCAAUUUGCAACAGUUUCUCUUAGAACGUGGUCAUAUCCAGUCUUGCUCUUUUGAGCUUACCAAAUCACUGGCACCAUCAUUCUCUCUGCGCAGCUUUUGCUAUUCCUCUUUCAAUAUAAAAAUUGGAAGCGAAGAAGAGAUGUGUAUAACCCACAUAGGAAGUCCUACAAAAAUCUUUUGCCAGCUGAGUAGAAAUGCAAGUGAUCUAGACAAAAUAUGGCAGAAGAUUGCAGAAAUUAGCCAAAUACCAGCCCAACCAAACCAAACAAACACAUUGUGCUUAGCCAAAUAUGUUGACGAUGGCCUUUUCUAUAGAGCUUUAGUAUCUUCUGCAGGAUCUUUAGAUUACUGCCUGGCGUACUUUGUCGACUUUGGAAAUAAGGAGUUGGUGAGAAAGAAUGAAUUGCUUCCAAUUCCAGAUCAGGCUUCAGAGUUACUUUUCACUCCUAUGCAAGCUAUCAAAUGUUACCUUGCAGAUUUAAAAGAUACUGAAAUUCCAGUUGAAGUAAAUACUUGGUUUGAAAAGAAUUACUUGGGAAAACAGCUGAAAGCAGUAAUUGUAGCUAAAGAAUAUGAUGGAUGGUUUGGUGUGGAGUUGUCUGAUGGAGAUUUAAGAAUAAAUAAGAAAAUCAAAGAAUUAAUAAAAAGCAGAAAAUGUGACAAUAAGUCAGAAGUUACACAGAAGUGUGCAGAGAAGUCAACUAGAGAUUUUUUACCUGAGGUAAAAAAUGCAGAUAAAAUGAAAGUCAAAAAUCAAGUAAUAGAACAAGAGAGGGAAAGAAAAAAGGUAAAGCCAUUUAAUCAGAGUGGUGACAAGUUACAUGCUGAGUAUGGCAAAGAAAUUGUUGAUUUGCAGAAACAACGCAGCAGGCCUCCAAAGUUGCCAGCAGCUAAAGAAAAUAGAUGUACAUUUUUGCAAAAUAUUCAGGGGCAGAAAUAUCAAAGUUCAUACGGAGAAUGGAGUACUGAACCUGCUGAUUACCCUACUAUGCAGUCCAAGGAAUUGCUUGCAAAUAAUGCAACUGCAUCCCAUGUAUUAAAAUUAAACUCUUCUGGACAAGAAAGGAAUAGGCGUGUCAAGCAGAAGUACAUGUGUCUUCGACAGCCUAAUAUUGAGCCACAUUCCAAAGCUUUAGGUUAUAUUUCCUGUAUAAAUAGUCUGUCAGAUUUCUAUAUUCAUUGUGCAGAUGAUGAGAAUAAAAUUGUGCAGCUUGCUGAUAAACUGAAUGGAGGGACACUUGUCAUAAAGCCAGAAACAGAUGGUGAAAUUGAGGAAGGUGACAUUGUUCUAGCAGAGUAUGAAUAUGAUUGCUGCAUAUACAGAGCUAUUGUUAGAGAAGUUAAAUCAGAAAAAUCUUUUGAAGUGGAGUUUAUUGAUUAUGGUAACAGGUCAACUGUGAAUGCAUCAAAAAUCUAUAAGAUGGGAAAGAUUUUCUUAAAUAUACCAAGACUCAGCAUACAUUGUUUUCUUAGCAGAGCAAAAUGUGAGUUCCCAGAGAAGGAUUGGAGCAGUGAUACUACUGCCUACUUUGUCAGUAAAGUAAAUAAUCAACCAGUAAUAUUUGAGUUUUUGCAACAGCAUGGCGAACAGUGGGAGGUGGAUAUAUUCUGUCAAGGAAUAUCUGUGGUCAAUGAGUUAAUGCAAAAAGAAGUCAGCUUAGGUUUACAAAGAAAGCUUGUAUUAAAUCUUGAUCAAAUCAGGAAACCUCUGCCAAGAACAGAUGCUGACACUGAUAGUAAUUCCCAGAAUAAAAAACUAAAAAAUCAAAAUGCUACAGAAAGUCAUCCUAAAGUUGACCGCCAAAAUGUAAAGCCAGGACAACUAGAACUAUCUGAAAUAGCCCAUGUUUCGAGAGAAGGACACUUCUAUGUGAAGCUAAGUAAGAAUGAACAAAUACUGUCUGAUUUAAAUAUGAUGGUUGCCCAAGAAGCAGAGAAAAACUCCUUCCUUGAAGUGGAAAAUAUUGAAGAAGGUUUAGAAUACCUGACAAAAUCAAAAGCAACUCUCCAAUGGCAUCGCUCUGAAAUUAUUAAAAAGUAUGUUAAUGAAGAGAGUAUGUUGGUUUUUUUCAUGGAUUUGGGAAAAUUUGAAGUGGUGUCCCUUCGUGACACACAGCUGAUGAGCGACAAGAUCAGAAGUAUCCCUAGGAACACAGUUCUUUGUAAAUGGAUUUGUAUUAGAAAUCUAAGUGGCCUGCCUUUUGAGAGAGUGGCAGAGAUAAUAAAAUGUCACAAGAUAAAGAUCUUGUUUUUGAGAUGGCUAGAAUCUGCUUUUAUUUGGGAAGUAGAAAUACUUAUAGAUGAGAUUAUGCUUUCUGAAUUUUGGAAACAGUCUCCUUUGUUACAAUCUUUAGAGAGUUGUAACUUAUCAGACAAUUUACAGGUAGAUGGAAGAGUGCAGUUGAAGCAAAGUUCAGUUUCAUGGGCAUUGUUCCAGAUUAAUAAAGAGUAUCCUGGGUUUGUUACCUCAGUCACUGAUCCUUCAGACUUCUUCGUCCAGCUAGAAGAUUCAUUUGAAGCACUGAAAACAUUAUUUAAGCUCCUCUCCAAUCUUCCAGAAAACCUGCCACCUGUGCCACAUGAACUUAUUGUUCCUGGUGCCUGUUCCCUAAUAAAGACUGGCGCUAACACAAAAUGGAGCAGAGUCGAAGUGUCUGAAGUCUCCAGAAUCUCUGGUCAGCUAACACUUACUUUGAUUGAUUUGGGAAUAUCAGCUACAAUUCCCAUCUCUGAUAGCCACAAAUUAAAAGUUAUCCCAGAAAAACUUAUUACCUUACCACGCUUGACUUAUCCUUGCUCUUUGUCUAGGGUGUCACCUGCUGGUGGGGAGUGCUGGAGCAAUGAGGCAAAACUUAAAGUUCAAGAAUUUCUUGGUAAGCAAGGCCUGACAUUUAGGUUCAAACGUUACCACCCUAAGCCAAAACUAGAAGUAGAUGUUUUCUGCGGGCCGAAGAAUGUAGCAGAAGUGCUGGUUGCAUCUGGUUGUGCUGUAUAUAGUGAGAGUGCUUCCUCCCUUGGUUCCAUCAGUUCUGCAGAACGUGGUCUGCCAAAUUCACAGAAUUGCUGUGAGCCACCCAAAAUAUGUUGCCAGACAAAAUCUGCUGCGAGGGUUGCCUGGCUAUCAGGAGAGGAAGAGCAGCCACAAGAAUUAGACCUGCUCUUCAAAGGCAUUUGUAGCAGAGGUUCAAGACAGAGCUCAAAGAGUUUAAGUCUUAGAAAAAAAGAUCGGCAGAAGACAUUCUUAUGGAGUAGCAGAAGAAACAAUGGUCAUCUUAAGUGUGACCCGAGUUUAUUUGGUCAGUUUCAAGCCACAGGGACAAUUGGGAAAACCUGUCCUGCUAAUGUGCUGUCAGAGGUUCUAUGUGAGAUGCAAGCCCUUUAUCAGCAGACCACAGAGACUGAUACUCUUUCUGAACUGACCACAAAAGUUGAUGGGAUGCAGAUAUCUGAAGAGAGUAACACGUGAACAUGUCAUGAGAAAGAUUAAAAUAUAAACAAAUUGAUUUCUACAUUUGGAAACAAGUAAAGAAUCCGCGACACUCAACUGAUGAACUUCCAUGUGAAAAGGACAGAACAUAGGUUAAAGUUUUAUAUGCCAAAAAUUUAACUGGAACUUUUUUUAAUCACUCUUCUUUAAUCCUAGAACCAAAAUCUAUGGAUUUAAAAGUAGUAACAAGAUUAUAAUAUUGACACUGAAUUGGACCUAAUGGCUGAAAUUUCUGGUGCUUAGCAUAGUAAGUUGCACAUAAAGUAGGCCUGUUGACUCAGUGAAAGGAGUUGGCUUACCAAAUUCCCACUGAUUCAGUGGGCCUACUCUAGUGUGACUUACUACACUAAACAACAGGUUUUCAUCCUUUGUUUGAUUUCCUCAUGUACUGCCAAUUUUUUUCCACUCUCCGUUGAUUCAAGUGUGAGUUUUGAUACGAUAAAAGGGGAAAGGAGAACAAAUUUAUUACUUCUUGCUAUCUUCCAGGGAUAUUGGCAUCCUUCUCAACAAAACAUGAAUGAUCCAGUUAAAGUCACAAAAAAUGUAACCAAUGUUUUCUUAUAUUGCUGAAACCUAUAUUGUUACGCAGUAAUCAUUCACAGUAGUAUUGUUUGGAAUUUCAAAUAUGGUCAAUGAUAAUCAAGCCUUUGAAACACUGACAAAAUAUACGUACUCUUUACAUUUCCCUAUACUUUUAUUUUAUGAGCUGUCUUUGAUCCCUUAAUUGGUAGGGAAAUGGCACAGAAAUUAAAUAAAUAUAUUUUUUCUGUAAGUCAAAAUUGCUUAUCAGGCUUUGUUUUCUAAUCUGUGAUCUAUGCAUUAAAGUGCGAAGAAGAUCUAGAUUCUAGUUUGUCAUUAUGACAUUAUUGAGUUUUGUGGAGUUUUGCUUCAAACACACUGUUUUAGGCCUGCCUGCUUAAGUCUUUUCAACUUAACAUUUUUGUCAACCAAAAGCCUGAACCUGAUAACAAAUGUCAGAGAACCUAAGUCCUUUCAUUUUAAUGGGACUUCUUUUCAAGUAGGGUAUUAUGCAAAGUGCUGUUUUGGCAAUAUAUUUCCACACAUUGUUGGAAUUCUCAUGGUGGAUUGAAUGAAAGGCAUACUUACGGAAUGCAAAAAUUAGGAUGUUAUCAGAUACAAGAGUCUGUUUAUAUUUUGUACCAAUUAUGUAUUUCACAUAGAUAUAGAAGGUUGCAGUAUUCUGUUAUUUGGUAAGAAGAUAAUCUAAUGCUGAAUAUUGAUUUUGUUUUUAGAUAUCUUCACCUGUUCACAAUUCUGAUUUCAUAAUUUUAAAUUAGCUUUUAUUUGCUUACAGCGUUUUUAUGUGUUCACUGGAAGGGCAAAGCUUGUUUAUGGCUUGGUUCAUUCUCCUGGAAAGAGUAUUCCCCAAUCCCCAAUUAAUUAUAUGGUUUAUAACAAUUUUAUGCAUAAUAUUGGUUAGUGUCUCAGUGUAUCUGCCUUAUCUGUGACAUGUAUUUACAGGAGUGAGCUAAAAAUUACCUCCCUAAGUUCAGAAGUAGUGUUGGUUCUGACAGGUGCUGCUGUAAUUUGGAGACCAGAUAAAUUCACCCUGUUUUAAUAUUGGGUUUCUUUUUGAAGCUUCCUGCAAAAAGAAUGUGGUGGUUUCCUUUUGUUUAGACCUAUAUGAACCCAGACUCUUAUUUGUAUAAUUUAAUGUGCCGUUGGAGAUUGCUGUAUAUGGAUGAUUUUCAUAGAGCUAAUUUUAUUAACUUAUGAAGAAAUUGACAAUGCAUGUUUUCUUGUUGAAUACACUAGAAAUAUACUAGAAAGAUGCACAAAUACUGCAGAAUGUGCAU